GGACUUUGACAGUGCUCUCUCUAAUCAAAGAGUUCGCUUCAUAAAUGCUUUGGUUAGUAGCUAUGAUAUUGAUUAAUGUUAGUUCAGUAAAGCGUGAAUAGCGGAGCGAGUGAGUGAUAUUAUUAUUCACUAGAAUUUAAUUAAUACGAAGAGAAAGUUCAAUAAUAAACAAUGGAUACAAGAACAACGCAAGCUACUGCUUCACAGAAGAAUUCGAAUGAGUUAAAACGUAUCUUCAAGGAGAAAUUAUUGACAAAAAUAUUUUGUUUCUACGAAGAAAAAUCUCUAAUUGAUGUGACAUUUAAAGUUUCGAACCCAGUGUCUUUAGUACCCGCGCAUCGUUUGAUACUCUCAGCAGCGAGUCCUUAUUUCGAGGAUCUCUUCAACAGCGAUCGUGGCAAUAAUCCUGUUAUUGAAAUAAAUGAUAUCGAUAGCGAUAUUUUUGAGAGUUUAAUAAUAUUUUGCUAUACCGGCCAGACACUGGUGACCGUUGAAAAUGUCACUGCAAUGCUGAAGGCGGCAAUCGUGUUGCAAUUGGAAGAUGCCGCAACCCCUUGUGUGGACUUCCUAAUGACACACAUCAAUGAAUGCACACUACAGGGUGCAUAUGCGUUAGAACGCGAAACGCAAUAUGAACUCCUGAAACAGAAAAUCCAUGAAUACGAAAUACAGAAUUUCAUGGAGAUCAGUCAACACGACGAGUUUCUCAAUUUUGAAGUUGAGAAAUUGCAAUGCCUUCUAGAAUCAGACAAUUUGAAUAUAGCUCGUGAGAAAGAUGCAUUUGAUGCCAUAACACGUUGGUUUAAUCAUAAUGUUGCUGGGCGUCGAGAACAUCUACCUCUUUUAAUCGGUUGCCUGCGGCUUACGCAAUUCGAUGUGGACUUCCUGUUGGCUCACAUACAAACAUUACCAGGCUGUGAGUUGUUGGCCCUCAAGGCGUCUAUGUGGAUCAAGGAGCCCUCAGCACGACCAAAGAUAAAUAUCCGAUUUCCAGAACCACGUGGAGGAUUAACAUUGCUGGCUAUUUACGAAGUGGACCUAGCGGAUAACCCAUGUGCUUUGCAGUAUAAUAAAGCUGAGGAUAAAUGGCAAAAUUAUGGGAAUAUUUAUAAUUAUGGUCAACAGCGUCGUGCGAUUUUAAAGGAUGAUAAUAUAUUCGUUUUUGGCGGCACUGAAAAUGGAAAACCAUCCAACACCGUCCUCAGCUGGAAUUUACGAAAUAAAAUAUGGCGAGUAUUACCCAGCAUGAAGCAAGCAAGAGAGGUGCACUGUGUUGUUGAAUUAGAUGAUAAAUUUUACGCGAUUGGUGGUAUUGGGGAUGGCAAUACUAGUCUGCAGUCAGUUGAAAGGUAUACGACAUCUAAUGGUUGGGAGUUUGUGAAACCUUUGAUUACAGAACGAUACGAUGCCGGUGCAGUGACUUUGAAUGAUAAAAUCUACGUACUCGGUGGUACAAAAAGAAAUUACUUAAAAUCCGUCGAAUGCUACAACCCGGACUCGAAUACUUGGAGCUAUUGUGCAGAUAUGAUAGAACAACAUUUGUGUUGUGUUGUAACUGUCCAUAAAGGCCACAUCUACAUUACAGGCGGUUAUGGGGGAACCAGAACUGUUGAACGUUACGAUCCUCAGCGAGACACAUGGUCUAAGAUUUGCUCUUUGGAUGUCGGCGGGGCCAAUUGGUGCCGUACAGCUUUCGCAUCUCUAGAUAAUAAAUUAUGGACUAUUGGGGGUAGGGGAGCGAAUGAAAAUGAGACAAGUGUAGCAGUUUAUGACGAUGAAAAUGACCGUUGGGUACAGAAGAGGUCGCUACCCUCAGGUGACAUAUAUGCUUGUUUUGUUGUGCCUUUAUCUUUACUGACAUCCAAAUAAAUAAACUGUAAUAAACAUUUUCUGGUUUCUUUAAUAAUAAAUACAAGAUUAUGAAAGUUGUUUUUGAGAAGAGAGGAAAAGGGGCAAAAUGUAUUCGCCUAUACGCCCCGACGAACGAGCGUUUUACUACCACACUUGUAUAACAAAAUCUAUGUGUACGAAUGUACUCGUAGAAUGGAGUUUAGUACAUUUUGUUGACAUUAAUAUGCAAGAAACGGUUGCACGAUUUAAGUCAGGAUUUCAGUUUGUCUUUCACUCCCAUUCCCACUCAGUCGCCAUAGGUCGAUUUUGAUUUGUUACAUUCACCGCAUGCGAAUGUAUAUUUGUGUUGGUGUGAAAUAAUUUUUAGUGAUUUGGGAGCAUAAAAUAAUGCUGGCAAGGUUCGUACAGAUGUGUAUACUCCGAUUUAUAGUUAUGAAUCCAAAUGGGCAAAAUGCCUUUUAUAAGGCGUGGCAAACCUUCUAGACAUAUUUUUGUGAUUUGGUUGAUUUUUUUUUUUGGUAAAUCUACAAUUCGUUAAGUGUUUUCUUUUAGCUUUAACUUUUGUAUACCAAAUUUUAUAACUAAAGUCGAGAGCACAUAUUUUCUAGAAGUAAAAUGGUUCCAUAUGAAAAACUUUGUAUAAAUUCAGUGCAGCAAACACAAUCUCUUAGCGGUAACCUAAUAUUGAAGAUAUACGAAACACAUUUUCUCGCUUAAUAACUGGAAAAGCUGUUGAAAUGAAAGACAGUCAAUCUUCAACAUUAACUGAAUACUUUAACGUCGAUAACUCCGAACACCGGAUUCUUGUCAAUGUUAUAUGGACUCCACCCGUGUGAUCCACUGAAAAUCUUUAAACUUAAAAAAAUAGUUUCUUCACAAUUUUUACCACAUAUUUCAGUAUUCCCUUAUAUUCUUACAUAAAAGCAAUAAACCGAUUACCACAAAUUUUCCGCAUUAAAACAUUUGCCACGCUGCAAUUUGAGUAGAACUAUAUUUUCACGCCAAUAGAAGUCAUUUUCGAUAGCUACAAUAGUUGACUAAGCUCGAAAGCUACAAAGAGUUAAGAAAAUCUCGAAUAAGUGAAUAUGGCAAGACACGAGCUGAAGUCCGUCUUUUAUUUAAUGAUUUUACUGAAAGCACUACCGUUGAUUGUGGCGCAGUUAAUGGAUUACAGCUCUGAAGAGGAACAAGGUGUAGAAGAUAUGGCAAUCAAUUAUUGUUUAUGGUUCUUGAAUUUAACCAGAGAUGACUUUAUUUGUGCUGCCAAGGUUGAUCCGAUUUUUAAUAUAUUUUUAUGAGGAACUUUCUGUAUUUGUUUCACAAUUUCUUACCACAAAUACAAAUUAUUGUCAAAGAAUUAUUAAUGAAGUGUAUCAUAAUAUAUUCUACAUUUAUGUUCAUUGAA